AUGGCCACAAUGCAAAAGAUUUUCUCCGCAUACCAGGAGCGCCAAAGUGUCCUCGCGGCGAACACUCACCCCUUCGCGAAGGGAGUCGCUUGGGUGGAGGGCGAACUUACUCCACUCCACGAGGCCCGCAUUCCGAUCCUCGACCAAGGCUUCAUGCACAGCGACUUGACUUACGAUGUUCCCUCCGUCUGGGACGGUCGUUUUUUCCGCCUCGAUGACCAUAUCACCCGCCUGGAAGCUAGCUGCACGAAGUUGCGCAUGAAGCUCCCCCUCCCGCGCGAAGAGGUUAAGCACAUUCUGGUCGACAUGGUGGCACAGAGUGGCAUCCGUGACGCAUUCGUCGAGAUCAUUGUGACACGCGGGUUAACGGGCGUUCGAGGCUCCCGCCCCGAAGAUAUUCAUAACCGCAUUUAUAUGUUCAUUCAACCUUACGUGUGGUGUAUGGAGCCUGAGGUACAGCCUGAGGGUGGAAGCGCAAUCAUCGCGCGCACUGUCCGUCGUGUCCCUCCUGGCUGUAUUGAUCCUACAGUCAAGAAUCUUCAGUGGGGUGAUCUUGUUCGUGGUCUUUUCGAGGCUUCUGAUCGUGGUGCCGAAUAUCCCUUCCUGACUGACGGUGAUACCAAUCUCACCGAGGGUUCUGGCUUCAAUAUUGUCCUCGUCAAGGACAAUAUCUUGUACACCCCAGCCCGUGGAGUCCUCGAAGGUGUCACGCGCAAGAGUGUGAUUGAUGUCGCUCGGGCCAGUGGCCUUGAGAUCAAGGUUGAGUUGGUCCCAGUCCAAUUGGCUUAUGAUGCGGACGAGAUCUUCAUGUGCACAACUGCCGGUGGUAUCAUGCCUAUCACCAGCCUUGAUGGAAAGCCAGUGAAGGACGGAAAGUUGGGUCCGGUGACCAAGACGAUCUGGGAUGGAUAUUGGGCUAUUCACUAUGAUCCUGCGUACAGCUUCGAGAUUGCCUAUUAG